AUGAUCAAAAGGCGCAAUCUACAUCUAAAGAACAUCGACAUGCUCAGUCAAGCAUCUCUUGAGCUGCAGUUUGAUGGUGCUGUGUACGCCAUGCUGAACAAGGAAAUAGCUGAGAAAAACCCGCGAACUAUGGCACAUGAGGGGAGAAGAUCUGCAAGGAUUGAACGUGGAAGAAUUACAGAAAUUGGAAAAAUUAAUGGAAGGAAGCCUAUGUCGCGUCUUGGAAGAAAAGGUUUAUGUAGUUUUGGGGAUAAAAUUAUAAAUGAGAUCGAAGCUCUCAAGACAAAGGAGGAAUUAAUAGAAGAGAACCAGCAAAUGAAGCAGCAAGUGAUGAAUUUAUCAGCAGGAAAAGGACAUUUGCUUGAACAAGGGCAGUCAUCAGAUUCCAUGGUGACCAAUAUCAGCAGCAUGAGCUCAGUUGAUCUUCGUCAGGACUCCGACAGCUCUUGUGCUUUUCUUACAUUAAGCCCUCUCCGUGGUCAAAAUCACGAUCUAAGAAGAAGAGGAAAACGACGAGUGUCGGCAAUGCCAAUCUCCCUUCUUCGAAAUGCGUGA